CACAUGGUGGGUACUGAACAGUCUCCAUUUUCCAGGGCGAGGAAUACGCCUUGGUUUUUGAGGUCGCGUAACAAGAGAAUAAGCCAAUCACAACUUGCGAAGCGUGCUGACCCUUUCUUUCUACCGAAUCUCCUUGAUGGGUUUGAAGAGAGUAAAUACGGAUGGCUUGCUAAUGAUAUUAAGAGACUUUGUGAGCUCAAAAGGAAAGUCUUGAAUGGUUCUAGACGACAGAAGAAAAAAUCAGACAGGAUUCUUAUCAACGAUUCCGAUGAUGUGUUGCCUCAAGAAUCCAUUACUAGCGAAAAUUGCUCAGGAACUGUCGCGGGUCCUCAGGGUUAUAGCGAGGAGGAUUCAUCAAGAAUUUCUACAGAUUAUGACAAUGGAACUCAUCCAUAUGAAGUUGGUGAAGAAGAAGACGAACUGUGGAGGCUGAUGGCAUUUGCUCAAGAAUCAUCUAAGGUAACGGUGGAGAAUUCACAAGGCAAUGAUAGUCUCAAACAAAUCGAAGACUGUGAGCACUCCUUCAUCCACAAGGAUGAUAUUGGAGAAGUGUGUCGUGUUUGUGGACUCAUCAAGACGCCCAUCGAGAGCAUAAUCGAAGUUGUGUACAACAAGCCGAAGAGAUCAAGAAGAACUUACAUGCGUGAACAAGAAAAAGGGGAAACGAGGUGGGCAUUCGCAGAAAACCGGUCUUCUCAGGCAAACAUUUUGGGAGACAAGAUGUUCAUCCACCCAAGGCAUGACAAUGAGAUGAGGCCUCACCAGAUUGAAGGAUUCAACUUUUUAUGCAAUAACCUUGCAGCGGAUGAGCCAGGUGGGUGCAUAUUAGCUCAUGCACCAGGAUCAGGCAAGACAUUUCUGCUCAUCAGCUUUAUGCAGAGCUUCAUGGCUAUGGAUCCACAGGCAAAACCAUUGAUUGUGCUACCAAAGGGGAUCAUAGAGUCAUGGAAGAGAGAGUUUACCAAGUGGGCGGUCGAGAACAUUCCUCUGAUUGAUUUCUACAGCGUGAAAGCUGAAUCACGGAGGCAGCAACUGCAGGUUUUGAGACAAUGGGUUGAACAAAGAAGCAUUUUGUUUCUCGGGUACCAACAGUUUGCCAAGAUCAUAUGUGAUGAUGAUAACAUUGACGCCGUUUCAGAAAGCUGUAAGCGGAUAUUGCUUGAGAAGCCAACGUUGCUGAUCCUUGACGAGGGUCAUACAUCGAGGAAUAAGGAGACGAACAUGCUUAUUUCUCUUGCUCGUGUCAAGACUCCUCGAAAAGUUGUCCUCACAGGUACAUUGUUCCAAAACAACGUAGAGGAAGUGUUUAACAUUUUGAAUCUUGUUCGUCCCAAGUUCUUGAAGCGUCCUGGAACUAGGGAUAUUGUUUCCCGUUUCAAGGCAGAGAUACCGAGGGGCAAACAGAUGAACCAGAAUAGUAUCGAGGGGACUUUCUUCGCUGCAGUGGAACUUACAUUGAAGAACAGCAUAGACUAUGGAGACAAAGCCAAAGCCAGCUUGAUUAAUGAUCUACGGGAGAUGACCCGUAAUAUCUUGCAUUAUCACAAAGCAGAUUUCCGAGGCGUGCUUCUCGGGCUAACUGAAUUCACUGUCAUGCUCAAUCUGAGCUCAGUUCAGAGAGAUGAAGUCAAGGGUCUGAGGAGAAUGGAUUUGUUCAAGCAGAUCUCUCUUGGUGCUGCUCUGUACAUACACCCAAAGCUCAAGACUUUCUUGGAGGAAAACCCGUCGAAUGGAGACAAGGGUUUUGCUGAUAACAACACACUGAGGAAGCUAGAUGCGAUGCUGAAGAGGAUCAAUGUCGGAGACGGUGUGAAGAUGAAAUUCUUCCUCAACCUCUUAGCUCUGUGCGAAUCAGCAGGAGAGAAGCCCUUGGUCUUUAGCCAAUACAUCAUUCCGAUCAAGGCUCUCGAGAGACUCAUGAGCUCGAUGAAAGGCUGGAGACUGGGGAAAGAGAUGUUCACGAUCACAGGCGAUUCGAGCAACGAACAGAGAGAAUUGUCGAUGGAGAGGUUCAACAAUUCACCAGAUGCUAAAGUCUUGUUCGGAUCGAUCAAAGCCUGUGGGGAAGGAAUCUCGCUGGUGGGUGCAUCGCGAGUACUGAUUCUCGAUGUUCAUCUAAACCCAUCGGUGACGCAGCAGGCCGUGGCUCGAGCUUACAGACCAGGACAGAAGAGGAGAGUGUAUGCGUACAGGCUCAUAGCUGCGGAUUCGCCGGAGGAAGAGAACUACGAAACGUGUUCGCGGAAAGAGAUGAUGUCGAAGAUGUGGUUCGAGUGGAAGGUUGGAUCGAGAAGAGAUGAUUUUGGGUUUAGAGCCGUCGAUGUUGAUAACUCCGGCGAUGCCUUUCUUGAGACGGCCAAGAUGAGGGAAGAUAUCAAGAGUUUAUUCACUAGGUAAUGGAACUUUUGAUAACCGAUUCUAACCGGUUCGAACCAGAUAGUGGAAACUUUGGUGAAAUCGGUUUAACAGUCUGUAAUUCAAUUCUGUCGCCAUAUUUUUCUAUGGUAGAGAAAGAUGGAUUCUCUCU